AUGGACCCAAGUGGGGUCAAGGUGCUGGAGACAGCAGAGGAUAUCCAGGAGAGGCGACAGCAGGUUUUGGAUAGAUACCACCGCUUCAAGGAGCUCUCUACCUUGCGGCGUCAGAAGUUGGAAGAUUCCUAUCGCUUCCAGUUUUUCCAAAGAGAUGCUGAGGAGCUGGAGAAGUGGAUUCAGGAGAAACUUCAGAUUGCAUCUGAUGAGAAUUAUAAAGACCCCACCAACUUACAGGGAAAGCUCCAGAAACAUCAAGCCUUUGAAGCUGAAGUUCAGGCCAACUCAGGAGCUAUUGUCAAGCUGGAUGAAACUGGAAACCUGAUGAUCUCAGAAGGACAUUUUGCAUCUGAAACCAUCCGGACUCGACUGAUGGAACUGCACCGCCAGUGGGAAUUGCUGUUAGAGAAGAUGCGGGAGAAAGGAAUCAAACUGCUGCAGGCCCAGAAGUUGGUGCAGUAUUUGCGAGAGUGUGAGGAUGUGAUGGACUGGAUCAGCGACAAGGAAGCAAUUGUGACUUCUGAGGAGCUGGGCCAGGACCUAGAGCAUGUAGAAGUUCUACAGAAGAAAUUUGAAGAGUUUCAAACAGAUCUGGCUGCUCAUGAAGAAAGGGUUAAUGAAGUGAACCAAUUUGCUGCCAAACUCAUCCAGGAACAGCACCCUGAGGAGGAAUUGAUCAAGACCAAGCAGAGUGAGGUGAAUGCAGCCUGGCAGCGACUGAAGGGUCUAGCUCUGCAGAGGCAGGGGAAGCUCUUUGGGGCUGCUGAGGUUCAGCGCUUUAACAGGGAUGUGGAUGAGACCAUCAGUUGGAUUAAGGAAAAGGAGCAGUUAAUGGCCUCUGACGAUUUUGGCCGAGACCUGGCAAGUGUUCAGGCUCUGCUGCGGAAACAUGAAGGUCUGGAAAGAGAUCUUGCUGCUCUAGAGGACAAGGUCAAAGCACUGUGUGCAGAGGCUGACCGCCUGCAGCAGUCCCACCCUCUGAGCGCCACCCAGAUCCAAGUGAAGCGAGAGGAACUCAUUACCAACUGGGAGCAGAUCCGCACUUUGGCUGCAGAGAGACAUGCACGCCUCAAUGACUCCUACAGGCUUCAGCGCUUCCUUGCCGACUUCCGAGACCUUACCAGCUGGGUGACUGAGAUGAAGGCUCUCAUCAAUGCAGAUGAGCUGGCCAAUGAUGUGGCUGGGGCUGAAGCCCUGCUGGAUCGGCACCAGGAGCACAAGGGUGAGAUUGACGCUCAUGAAGAUAGCUUUAAGUCUGCUGAUGAGUCUGGACAGGCACUGCUGGCAGCUGGUCAUUACGCCUCAGAUGAAGUGAGAGAGAAGCUGACCAUCCUCUCAGAAGAGCGGGCUGCCCUGCUGGAGCUGUGGGAGCUGCGCCGGCAGCAGUAUGAGCAGUGCAUGGACCUGCAGCUCUUCUACCGUGAUACUGAGCAGGUGGACAACUGGAUGAGCAAACAGGAGGCAUUCCUGCUGAAUGAAGACUUGGGCGAUUCCUUGGACAGUGUGGAAGCACUUCUCAAGAAACACGAAGACUUUGAGAAGUCCCUCAGUGCCCAGGAGGAGAAGAUCACGGCACUGGAUGAAUUUGCAACUAAGCUAAUCCAGAACAACCACUAUGCAAUGGAAGAUGUGGCCACACGCCGAGACGCUCUGCUGAGCCGCCGCAAUGCCCUUCAUGAGCGAGCCAUGCACCGCAGGGCUCAGCUGGCCGAUUCCUUCCAUCUCCAGCAGUUUUUCCGUGAUUCUGAUGAGCUCAAGAGUUGGGUCAACGAGAAGAUGAAAACUGCCACUGAUGAAGCUUAUAAAGACCCAUCCAACCUGCAGGGAAAAGUACAAAAGCAUCAGGCUUUUGAGGCUGAGCUCUCAGCAAACCAAAGCCGAAUUGAUGCCUUGGAGAAAGCUGGGCAGAAGCUGAUAGAUGUCAACCACUAUGCCAAGGAUGAAGUAGCAACUCGUAUGAAUGAAGUCAUCAGCCUGUGGAAGAAGCUGCUGGAGGCCACAGAACUGAAAGGAAUAAAGCUUCGUGAAGCUAACCAGCAACAGCAAUUUAAUCGCAAUGUUGAGGACAUUGAAUUGUGGUUGUAUGAAGUAGAAGGUCACUUGGCUUCAGAUGAUUAUGGCAAAGACCUUACCAAUGUCCAGAACCUCCAGAAGAAGCAUGCCCUGCUGGAGGCCGAUGUGGCUGCUCACCAGGAUCGAAUUGAUGGCAUCACCAUUCAGGCCCGCCAGUUCCAAGAUGCUGGCCAUUUUGAUGCUGAAAACAUCAAGAAGAAGCAGGAGGCACUUGUGGCUCGCUAUGAGGCUCUUAAAGAACCCAUGGUUGCUCGGAAACAGAAGCUGGCAGAUUCUCUGCGUUUACAGCAGCUCUUCCGGGAUGUGGAAGAUGAAGAGACAUGGAUUCGAGAGAAGGAGCCCAUUGCUGCAUCUACCAACAGAGGCAAGGAUUUGAUUGGAGUCCAGAAUCUGCUAAAGAAACAUCAAGCUUUACAAGCAGAAAUUGCUGGACAUGAACCCCGCAUCAAAGCAGUGACACAGAAAGGAAAUGCCAUGGUGGAGGAAGGCCACUUUGCUGCAGAGGAUGUGAAGGCCAAGCUCAACGAGCUCAACCAGAAGUGGGAGGCACUGAAAGCCAAAGCCUCUCAGCGGAGGCAGGACCUUGAGGACUCUCUGCAGGCCCAGCAGUACUUUGCCGAUGCCAACGAGGCCGAGUCCUGGAUGAGAGAGAAGGAGCCCAUUGUGGGCAGCACUGACUAUGGGAAGGACGAGGACUCUGCUGAGGCUCUGCUGAAGAAACACGAAGCUUUGAUGUCAGAUCUCAGUGCCUAUGGCAGCAGCAUCCAGGCUUUACGAGAGCAGGCUCAGUCAUGCCGGCAACAAGUGGCUCCAAUGGAUGAUGAGACUGGGAAGGAGCUGGUCCUGGCUCUCUAUGACUAUCAGGAGAAGAGUCCUCGUGAGGUCACCAUGAAAAAAGGAGAUAUCCUCACUUUGCUCAACAGCACUAACAAGGACUGGUGGAAGGUGGAAGUGAAUGAUCGUCAGGGUUUUGUGCCUGCUGCGUAUGUGAAGAAGUUGGACCCCGCCCAGUCAGCUUCCAGGGAAAACCUUCUGGAGGAGCAGGGCAGCAUCGCACUGCGGCAAGAACAGAUUGAUAACCAGACACGCAUUACUAAGGAGGCCGGCAGUGUAUCUCUGCGUAUGAAACAGGUGGAAGAACUAUACCAUUCUUUACUGGAACUGGGUGAGAAGCGUAAAGGCAUGUUGGAGAAAAGUUGCAAGAAGUUUAUGUUGUUCCGUGAAGCGAAUGAGCUACAGCAGUGGAUCAAUGAGAAGGAAGCUGCUUUGACGAGUGAAGAGGUCGGUGCUGACUUGGAGCAGGUUGAGGUGCUGCAGAAGAAGUUUGAUGACUUCCAGAAGGUAUGGGAAGCUAAAACACUGCUUACUGACAGUUCUCCUGAUAUAUUUAUUUGUUUGGAUCUCAUGUCUUGGAUCAAUGGAAUACGGGGGUUGGUGUCCUCGGAUGAGCUAGCAAAAGAUGUCACUGGAGCUGAAGCUUUGCUGGAGCGACACCAGGAACAUCGGACAGAAAUUGAUGCCAGAGCUGGCACUUUCCAGGCAUUUGAGCAGUUUGGGCAGCAGCUGCUGGCUCAUGGGCACUAUGCCAGCCCAGAGAUCAAGGAGAAACUUGACAUUCUUGACCAGGAACGGACAGACCUGGAAAAGGCCUGGGUGCAGCGCAGGAUGAUGCUGGACCAGUGCCUUGAAUUGCAGCUGUUUCAUCGGGAUUGUGAGCAAGCCGAGAACUGGAUGGCUGCCCGCGAGGCUUUCCUUAACACUGAAGACAAAGGAGACUCACUGGACAGUGUGGAGGCCCUAAUUAAAAAACACGAGGACUUUGACAAAGCUAUCAAUGUCCAGGAGGAGAAGAUUGCAGCCUUGCAGGCCUUUGCUGACCAGCUCGUUGCUGCUGGUCACUAUGCCAAGGGAGACAUUGCGAGUCGUCGCAAUGAAGUCUUGGACAGAUGGCGCCGUUUGAAAGCCCAGAUGAUUGAAAAAAGGUCAAAGCUUGGAGAGUCUCAGACCCUGCAGCAAUUCAGCCGAGAUGUGGAUGAGAUCGAGGCUUGGAUCAGUGAAAAGUUGCAGACAGCCAGCGAUGAGUCCUAUAAGGAUCCUACAAACAUCCAGCUUUCCAAGCUGUUGAGCAAGCACCAGAAGCACCAGGCCUUCGAGGCAGAGCUCCAUGCCAAUGCCGACCGCAUCCGCGGCGUCAUCGACAUGGGCAACUCCCUCAUCGAGCGAGGCGCCUGCGCCGGCAGCGAGGACGCUGUCAAGGCCCGCCUGGCUGCCCUGGCUGACCAGUGGCAGUUCCUGGUACAGAAGUCAGCUGAGAAGAGCCAGAAGCUGAAAGAAGCCAACAAGCAGCAGAACUUCAACACUGGCAUCAAGGACUUUGACUUCUGGCUCUCCGAGGUGGAGGCGCUUCUGGCAUCUGAAGAUUAUGGCAAAGACCUGGCUUCUGUCAACAACUUGCUGAAAAAGCACCAGCUGCUGGAGGCGGACAUAUCAGCCCAUGAGGAUCGCCUGAAGGACCUGAACAGCCAGGCAGACAGCCUGAUGACCAGCAGUGCCUUUGACACCUCCCAAGUGAAGGAGAAGCGGGACACCAUCAAUGGGCGCUUCCAGAAGAUCAAGAGCAUGGCAGCCUCCCGGCGCGCCAAGCUCAGCGAGUCCCACCGCCUGCACCAGUUCUUCCGGGAUAUGGAUGAUGAGGAGUCCUGGAUCAAGCACUCAGUGGCUGACCUUGCUGUUCCAUUCCAGGGCUUACUGAAGAAACACGAAGCUUUUGAAACAGAUUUCACUGUCCACAAGGAUCGUGUGAAUGAUGUCUGCACCAACGGACAAGACCUCAUUAAGAAGAACAAUCACCACGAGGAGAACAUCUCUUCAAAGAUGAAGGGCCUGAAUGGGAAGGUGUCUGACCUGGAGAAGGCCGCAGCCCAGAGGAAGGCAAAGCUGGAUGAGAAUUCAGCCUUCCUUCAGUUCAACUGGAAGGCUGACGUGGUGGAGUCCUGGAUCGGUGAAAAGGAGAACAGUUUGAAGACAGACGAUUAUGGCCGAGACCUAUCUUCAGUCCAGACACUCCUCACAAAGCAGGAAACGUUCGAUGCCGGCCUGCAGGCCUUCCAGCAGGAGGGCAUCGCCAACAUCACAGCCCUCAAAGACCAGCUGCUGGCCGCCAAGCACAUCCAGUCUAAGGCGAUUGAGGCUCGGCAUGCCUCCCUCAUGAAGAGAUGGAGCCAGCUGCUGGCCAACUCAGCCACCCGGAAAAAGAAGCUUCUGGAGGCCCAGAGUCAUUUCCGCAAGGUGGAAGACCUCUUCCUGACCUUCGCCAAAAAAGCGUCUGCCUUUAACAGCUGGUUUGAAAAUGCUGAGGAGGACCUGACCGACCCUGUCCGCUGCAACUCCUUAGAAGAAAUCAAAGCUUUGCGCGAGGCCCAUGAUGCUUUCCGCUCCUCCCUCAGCUCUGCGCAGGCUGACUUCAACCAGCUGGCUGAGCUGGACCGUCAGAUUAAGAGCUUCCGUGUGGCCUCCAACCCCUACACCUGGUUCACCAUGGAGGCUUUGGAGGAGACCUGGAGGAACCUGCAGAAAAUCAUCAAGGAGCGAGAGCUGGAGCUGCAGAAGGAGCAGAGGCGGCAGGAGGAAAAUGACAAGCUGCGCCAGGAGUUUGCCCAACAUGCCAAUGCCUUCCACCAGUGGAUCCAAGAGACCAGAACGUACCUCCUCGAUGGGUCCUGCAUGGUGGAAGAAUCCGGAACCCUUGAGUCCCAGCUGGAGGCUACCAAACGCAAGCACCAGGAGAUCCGAGCCAUGAGAAGCCAGCUCAAGAAGAUUGAGGACCUGGGAGCCGCCAUGGAGGAAGCCCUCAUCCUGGACAACAAGUACACCGAGCACAGCACCGUGGGCCUGGCACAGCAGUGGGACCAGCUGGACCAGCUGGGCAUGCGCAUGCAGCACAACCUGGAGCAGCAGAUCCAGGCCAGGAACACGACAGGGGUGACGGAGGAGGCCCUCAAGGAGUUCAGCAUGAUGUUCAAACACUUCGACAAGGACAAGUCUGGCCGACUGAACCAUCAGGAGUUCAAGUCCUGCCUGCGCUCCCUGGGCUACGACCUCCCCAUGGUGGAGGAAGGAGAACCCGACCCGGAGUUUGAAGCAAUCCUGGACACCGUGGACCCCAACAGGGAUGGCCACGUCUCCCUGCAAGAAUACAUGGCCUUCAUGAUCAGCCGCGAGACAGAAAACGUCAAGUCCAGCGAGGAGAUCGAGAGUGCCUUCCGGGCCCUCAGCUCCGAGGGGAAGCCAUACGUCACCAAGGAGGAGCUGUACCAGAACCUGACCCGGGAACAAGCGGACUACUGCGUGUCCCACAUGAAGCCCUACGUGGACGGCAAGGGCCGCGAGCUCCCCACGGCCUUCGACUACGUGGAGUUCACCCGCUCGCUCUUCGUGAACUGAUCUCGGCUCGCCUGCCCCCCACACUGCUUGCCCUGCUGCAUGUGACUUCCUCUGUGCCCACUGAGAAUAUUCCACACGCUUACUUCCAGUGUAACCGUAAGCCUGCUUAGCGUGGUUAAGACUUAGUAGAAAAUGGUGCUUCGAUAAACCGCUCUGGUCUGGUCACAAUCGCCAUGUUGCUGUGGGGACCCACACGUGUGUCUUGAACCAGCUGCCCUCAU